GCUCGGGUGCAGGGUCUUCGCCGCCGCCCGCUCCCUCCCGCCCUGCCGCGGCCCCUGGAGCAGCCGCUCCGGCCCGCGGUUCCGACAGAAGCCCGCGGCGGGUUCGCUCCACAAAGAUGAACUGGACGGCCGCGACGUGCUGGGCUCUGCUGCUAGCCGCCACCUUCCUCUGCGACAGCGGUGCGGCCAAGGGAGGCCGUGGAGGGGCUCGCGGCAGCGCCAGGGGAGGGUUGCGCGGAAGCGCGCGCGGGGCCCCGAGGGUGCGCGUGAGGCCGGUGCCCCGCUACGGAGGCUCCUCCCUGCGCGUGGCGGCAGCGGGGGCGGCGGCGGGGGCUGCCGGGGCGGCCGCGGGCCUGGCAGCGGGCUCCAGCUGGAGAAGAGCCCCGGGCCCGGGGGAACACGACCUGGAGGACGAGGACGCGGGACCAGGUGGCAACAGAACGGGCCAAGGCGUCUACAGCUACCGGGCAUGGACUUCAGGCGCGGGGCCCACCAGCAGCCCCCACCUCUGCCUGCUGCUGGGCGGUGCUCUUGGCACCCUGGGGCUCCUGCAGCCCUAGGCCCUGCCGGGCUAGGGCAAGAUCUGGCCCCCAGCCAGUGCUCUCCCGCAGGCCUCUCCAACCUGCCCCAGAGACCUCCAGCUGCUGAGCACCCCCU